AUGCGUUACGGUUACAUGGAAGAGUCUUUCUUUACUUGGUCUUUUGUUCCAGUCUUUGGUGGAACAGAGCGGGUCUUGGGAUUCUAUCUCAAUGCUUUUGAUACCACGGUUGAGUCGAUCAGCAGUAGAAGAAUGUGGUUACUGCGAUCCCUCGGGGAGCGUAUGAACGCCACACGUACUGUCAAAGAAUUCUGGAUAAGAGUGCUCGAAGGCCUGAAUCACAACGAAUACGACGUACCCUUUGCGCUCUUAUAUACUGUUACCGAGGCAGACGACAUUGAAAAUAGUUCCUCGCAUUCAGAUGCAACGCCAACGUCUGUCAAGUCAUGCGUGUUCGAAGGAUCUAUUGGCGUGCCGAGAGGGCAUGCAGUGUCACCCGAUAAAUUCAGCUUCAAGCACCAUGACGGCAUCUUAACGCCCGCCUUUCGAGAAGCUACGCAGACCCUGGAGCCCAGCAUGCUCAGCAUCAAAGACCGCACGCUUCCACAACCACUGCUAGACAUCAUUGAAUGGCGCGGCUACAAGGAUCCUUGUAGAGAGGCAAUGGUUCUACCCCUACGACCAACCAAUGCAGACAACGUGUGCGCCCUGUUACUGUUAGGCAUCAAUCCACGAAGGGCAUAUGAUCAUGAGUACAGGUCUUUCAUGGCCAUGCUCAAUAGACAGAUCGCCACAUCGUUGGCGUCAGUACUACUUUUCGAAGGUGAAGUGCGGCAAAGCAAAGAAGUCGCAGAGAUGGCUACCCUACAAAAAGAACAAAUGUCUCGACAGCUCCAACUCCAGACCGGGCGAAUGCGACGAAUGACAGAGCUAUCGCCCAUGGGCAUGUUCCUAUUCAACCCGGAUGGACUUUUAUUAGAGGCGAACGAGAAAUACUACGAGAUGACAGGUGUCUCAUCUACAGGAGCUAAACUGCCUUGGACUAUUGAUAUGAUGGUGGGCGAGAGCAGACAAGUCGCGCAAGACAUGUGGGACUCAAGUCGUGAGCUACAAUUCGCCAAUUCGACAUGCCAACCACGAGACAUUGACGGUUCACUAAUCGAGUAUUGGGUCCUCUCUGCUAGUCAGCCAGAGCUAAGCCCCGAUGGUGAGCUGAUCAGCAUCAUGGGCUCGCUCACGGACAUUUCGCAUUUGAAGUGGGCACAGGGUCUGCAAGAACGAAGACUACGGGAGGCAGAAGAGGCGAAGCGUCAACAAAACGAAUUCAUCGACAUCACGUCGCACGAGAUGAGAAGUAGCAAUAUCCCCCCUAUACUGAUUGCAUUCGAAAUGUUCCGUCCUGAAAUACAAGCCAAGAACAUCGACUUCAAGUUCGUUCCGCAUCAGAGUAUCCGGGACCUUGACAUUGACUGGGUCAUUCUUGAUCCAAGUCGACUCCUUCAAAUUAUCGUCAACCUUAUUACCAAUGCCAUCAAGUUCACUAUGGACUCACCAGUUCGCUCAAUCACAGUUCAUGUCUGUGCUCAUGCGGAUUCGCCAGACUUUGGCGUACCAGAAGGAUUCCAAUGUACGUAG